GGUUUAACGUUUGUGUGUAAUGUGCAAAAUAGCGAAGCCAAGCACAGCAUCAUUCAGGCAAUGGGACAAAUCAUUCUCAUGCACUUUCAGGCAUAUUCGCACACUAAGCGGAACAGAUGCAAAUCAUGGCUUACCUGGUGUGUGACCUGGGUCGAGACUUCACUUACUCGGCGGCCACCGAGGAAAAAAGACCACAAUGAAGAACACUUUCCAAUUUGUUCUUGGGCGGGCUGGAUAUGUCCUAUACAAUAUGUCUCCAUUGAUACAUAUGCCUUUGAAUCGCCGUGGCCGAGGGGGAUUUAUACACCAAUCAAAAUAACACUUAUUGAGUCAAAUGGCCAUUAAGUGGCUAUCUACCAGCCUCCGAAUCCUUUUCCUGCCGACUACUUCCGAUGGAGCUACAUUCUGCCACGGGCACAUUCCUCCAAAGCUUGCCUUGUGAAGAUAAUCCUGUGUUGAAAGGGCGCAGCAUUCUGCAUUUCCAUA